GAUCUGUUCUUCCCCGGCCAUGACUAUGAAGCAGGUAGCAAUGGAUGACCAAAUGCCAUAUCUUCCAAAAGAAAUCAUUCAAAACAUUCUUGCGCGGCUUCCUGCAAGGUUCCUAAUCCGAUUUCUGUGCGUGUGCAAGCAGUGGAAAAAUCUCAUCAAGUCCCCUUCCUUCAGCUCCGACCACCUCCUCCACUCCUCUCAUCAAAAUCCGUGUCUCCUCUUCCUAAUGAGAGGCGGCGAUGAUGCUUUGAACUGGCAUUUGCUUGAUUCUGAGAUGCAAGUCCAUCGAGUUCAGAACCAUCCUUUGAUUGAUUAUUUAAAGUGUGGUUGGGUCGUUGGUUCCAGUAAUGGCCUCCUGUGCGUUAGAAUCCGUAAGGAUGGUAUGUCUCAUGACUCCCUUUUAUUGUGCAAUCCGACUAUUAGGGAGGUCAGACAGUUGCCUAGAGCUACUGAUGCUUUUCCACAUCAGAAUUUACAUGUCGGAUUUGGGUUUAGUCCAAUUGUUAAUGAUUACAAGAUAGUGAGAAUUUAUGUUGAUAUUCCGUUUGAUGAUAUGAUUGAUAAAGUGUUAGUCUAUUCAUUAAGGACAGAGUCAUGGAAGGAAAUAGAACUGGGGAUCUUAGUUGGUGUAAGUCUUAGCUCUCAUGGUUUCACAGCUAAUGGAUCUAUCUUCUGGUUUGGUUCUAAGCUGAAGCAGGAGGAUGAAAAUGGUAAUCUUGUUGGUGGAAAUGUGAUAAUUUCCUUUGACAUAGCAACGGAAGUGUUUACAUUGAUGCCAAGACCUGCUUUAACCCUUGGAUCACAUCUCAAGACGCUCACUAUGUAUGAGAAAAAACUUGCAGUGCUUUGUUGUACUGCGAUUGGAAAUUCUAAAUCUUUGAUUGAUUUGUGGGUGAUGGAGGAGGGUACAGCUGCAUCAGGGCAGAGAUGCAGUUGGACUAAGAAAUAUUCUAUUUGCCCGUACCCAGGUGUCUUACGCCCCCUGACUAUUUGGAGGAAUGAAGUUGUUUGCAGCAUUUCAACUCGACGUGAAAUGGAGAAUGAUGAAACAAACACAAUUCUGUACAAUCUUACUACUAAAGAAUUUAAAAAGUUUGCUGUUAGCAGAUGUUCUUGUGGUUAUCAUGUCUUCAAUCAUGUAGAAAGCCUUCUGCCAGUUGGAGGAAUGAAGUUAUCUGCAAUGUUUGUGUAAUCUAGACUCGAUAUCGAAGAUGUACCAAACACAGCGCUUUCACUUCCUUAUGAGAAAGUCCAUCUUCCCUUUUGAGCACGAUGAAAUGCAUGGUAGUGAGCAGGCCAAGAUCUUCGAUGCCUCAUUGUUGUAUUAGAUAUGUUCAGAAGACUCAAUGUAAUGUAAGAUCUUUCACAGAUUUUGAUCAGUGUUAAGAUUGAUUGCUUCUAUCCCAUACAAACUUGGUUUUAUGUUUGGUUCGAGAUGCAUUCAUGCUUCUUUGUUCGUUUCUGUGAGUAUGGAU